GGUAUUUUGGGGACAUAGCAAACUCAACCGCCCAUUGCUGUCCUCCCGUUGUUUCCUACUAUUUUCCAAUUUCCGGUCGGCCUUUUCCCUCGACACCACCAAUUUUAGUUUUUCAGAACUAAAAUUUUCCCCUUCUUCUUCAUCAUCCUCUCUUUCUUUCAAUUCGUAAUCUCUAAAAAUUCCCUAAAAUUUUCACCAAUUCCCUGUUUUUUUUUUCAUCCAUGGCUUCUCGUAGGCGCAUACUUUUGAAAGUCAUUAUCCUUGGCGACAGUGGCGUGGGGAAGACAUCGCUAAUGAAUCAGUAUGUGAAUCGUAAGUUUAGCAAUCAGUACAAGGCGACUAUUGGAGCAGAUUUUCUCACAAAGGAAGUUCAGCUCGAUGACAGGUUAUUUACGUUACAAAUUUGGGACACAGCUGGGCAAGAACGGUUCCAAAGUCUUGGAGUGGCAUUUUACCGUGGUGCUGAUUGCUGUGUUCUUGUUUAUGAUGUGAAUGUUAUGAAAUCAUUUGAUAAUCUUAACAACUGGCGAGAAGAGUUUCUAAUUCAGGCGAGUCCGUCUGAUCCUGAAAACUUUCCUUUUGUGGUAUUGGGGAACAAGGUCGACGUUGAUGGUGGGAACAGUAGAGUGGUUUCUGAGAAGAAAGCUAAGGCGUGGUGUGCUUCAAAAGGAAACAUACCAUACUUUGAGACGUCUGCAAAAGAAGGAUUCAAUGUCGAUGCUGCAUUUCAGUGUAUAGCUAAAAAUGCCCUUAAGAAUGAACCAGAAGAAGAAAUAUACCUUCCCGACACGAUUGACGUUGCAGGUGGACGGCAGCAAAGAUCAACAGGGUGUGAAUGCUAAAAAUGUUAAACUAACUAAUGGAUUCUGUCUACUUCCUUCACUGUAUUUUUUCUGUUUAAUGUUUCCUCAAACUAUAUGGUCCAAUUGUAUUAACAUGUAGUGGUCUAGAGAUUGCUGGUAAAGUGUUCUACUUCUAUUCUAUGUUGAACUUGUAUUAACAUUCAUUGAUGUUUAUAUAUUUUGCUUUAAUCA